AUUAUUGUCCGGAAAAUUGUGGAAAAAGUGUGGCAAAAACAAGCAUAUUGUGACGAGCAUAAAUUGACAUGCACUUGCAGCUUGCAAGUGGGCACAUAAAGUCGACACAUAUCCAUCACCUACAGUAGUGCUUUGCAUUAUUGCUGAUACUAGCUACUGCCUUCUUUUAAUUGCUACUAUUUGGUUAUUCCUCCGUUCAAGGCUGGGGAUGGUUCACAUUCUACCUUGGGGAAGAGUUUUAAGUUCACAUUCUUGAGAUGAUCAGAAAGGUUUGAUCAGGUUCCAUAUUUGCGGUCAUUGUCUAUAUCUUCUUGAAGAUUAGAGCACUUCUUUUAACAGUUUUCAGUAGCUGAAUAUCAAGGAUAUUACAGGGGACUGUGGCCAGCCUUUCCGGCAAAUCAGUUUGAAGAAUGCCUCUACGAAACACCUUCAAGUCAGGGACUCAGGAUGGAGAGGUGAGGAAGCAGUCAAAUUUUGGAUGGCACUGGAUAUCUUAUCUUCCGACAAGGCGACAAAGACCCCCGGAGCAAAUCCAAAAGAAAAUUUUAUACGGUCAUCAUCUUGAUAUGGCUUUUCCUUCCAAUGAGGAGGCGUCGGAUUACCACUUAACAAGCACGGAGCUGGAACUUGCUGAGGUUAGCGGACUCUGAAGGGUGUGAAGUGCAUGGCUUCCAUUUUGCUCAGUAUUGUUCGGGAGAGGCUGCCGGUGACUUUGGGCUAGUCUUUUAGUGUUUCCUCCAUUGAUGAAGACCUCCAUUUCUAAAUCUAGCCUCGUCAAACGUUCUUCUAUAAUCAUCCGAUCCUGGCAGAUGCAAAAGAGAUCUGAUCAACUGGAUCGCAGGUCAACGCAGCUUUUAGGCAUCGAUAUGGAUCUGGAUCGAUCUCUAACAGCUGCCCUCUGGAAUCUAGCACGCUUUCUGUUGACUUAUGUCGAGGGUGUGAAACUCCUCCUUUUAACACCUUUGUCUUCUGCUCGUUUUGUCAACAGUGUUUGAAACGGUGCUCCAAAUGGAUGUGUUGGAGAAAAAAUUGAUGUUGUUAAAUCCCAUAUCCACCUUUGUGGUGUUUGGUGCAGCAUCUGGAGAUAUCAAGCUAUCGGGAGGGAUGAUGCAGGGUUUCGUCGAAUGGAACCUUCCUUCCUUCCUCCUAAAUUUAGCCUGCAUCGUUAAACGUUACUCGUUGCAGUAGUAUAUAAUUACCGGAUUUCGGCAGAUGCGGAAGAGAUAGGAUCGACGGAAGAUUUAGUCUCAUCUACGAAAUUUGUUAUGUACUUUAAACUUUCGGCUGAACACAACUUAGGGCCUGUAACGGUUCUCUUGAGUUGGUUUCUUUUGGCGCAACAUCGAGGGAUGACGGUUGGCUGUUUUGGAGGUGAGAUGGAGAAGGUCGGGUUGAUGGUCCCCGGGGGGGAGGGUGGGGGUCUGGAGCAGGACGAGGAUGCUGAUUGGUUUAUCUAGGGUGGGCGAAUUGAAGAACAUUCAACUCCACAGAAGAUUCAGAUGACAAAAGAAACUUUUGCUGAGAUAGCACUCAUGGCAGCCAAGCCUAUUCCAUCCUCUAGCACAAGAAAAAGAAAGCGUAUGCUGUUUGAUGACCCCUUCUUUGAAGAUGUUAAGUUCACAUGUUAUGAUGACAACCCAGAUGCGAUUACAGCAGUAGGAGAUCAAGGCCAAACUUCAACAUGCUAUGCUUUUCAAUCCGCCGAAGUUUCGUCAACAACCCACUGCCUCAAUGGUAAAUCAUGGGUUCCUGUUCCUUUAUCCACUCAGGAGUUGAUUGAUAACGUGCAUGAUCAAAUGCACCUAGAGAGGACGUAUGUAGAUGCUUUUGGCUGUUCACCAGCAUCAUUGACAGCCACUUUUGAGUACAUGAAACAAUUUGGCCUUUAUGAGAGUAAGGUGUAUCCUUAUGUGGGGAUGAGAGUUGCUAAUCCGGUCAUCCCGGAUGAGGCCCUUAAAACAAGGCACAAGUUAUUUGUUCGUGAGUUUAAGACAGAGUUACUCUUGGAUGUAGUCCUGAAGUUCAUUAAGCUGCAACCUGUUGUUGGUUGUAUGAGAGAGUAUCCAAGUUUUAGAAAGUAUUGCUGUCGUGAUGGUGUUUAUAUGGGGCCGACCCCAUAUGAAGCUUUAAUUUUCAAAGAAGCUGAAGUUGAAAAUCAUUGUGUGCUUGUGGUGGGCUUCGGCUGGAAAGGAAAAAAUAGUUUCUUCGUUGUGAAGAACAGUCGUGGAGAUGAUUGGGGAUACAAGGGAUAUGGAUUGGUGGAUGUGCAUCAGUUUUUUCGUUUUAUUUUUCCGACCGACACGGUAUUCGAUUUGAAGAGGAGGGGGGGAAUAUAGAGAUGAUCAGAUGAUUGAGGGAUGAAUUUAUCUUUAUUGUGAAGUUUAGUUCUUCACAACUAGUGUGAAAUGAAAAUUGAACUUUUCGCAUUUGAUUUUAUCGGAAUGUUACGUAUAGCUUUUUCCUUUGAAAAUUGAGUAGUUGCUUUUGACAGGAUGUAUCAAGUCUCCUUUUUAUUUUGGGGUGGUUCUGUUACCUUUGAAAAUCAUUGUGUGCUUGUGGUGGGCUUUGGCUGGAAAGGAAAAAAUAGUUUCUUCGUUGUGAGGAAACUAUAGAGAUGAUCAGAUGAUUGAAGGAUGAAUUUAACUUUAUUUUGAAGUUUAGUUCUUCACAACUAGUGUGAAAUGAAAAUUGAACUUUUAGCA